AUGACAAAUAUGGAAGUCAUCCCACCCACCGGCAGCAGGCGGCACAGCCAAAAGAAUGUGACACUGUCUUUAGUUAAGAAGCUGCAUGUUGCAGCGGGAUACGCCUUGUCUCCAGCUGUAAAUAACCAGCGUGAUGAGCUGUCCAUCCAUUCCAUCGCCGGAAUACAAGUGGAAUUAUACACUUCGAAUUAUUGGUUGGGAGGUGGUCUCCCGGGUGUGCAAAUUGGUCGUGGCCGUGAGCCACCAGUCAUUUACCCAUCGGGUGUGAAAGGGUGA